UCCUGCUAGUGGCGCUAGUAGCAAACAAGAUAAAAGUUUUUGGCACCUAAAUUUAGUUAGGUUAUGUGAUUUUCGUUUACAUGUGAAUAGUAUUGGUAAAUGGAAUAUUUUACUUCUACAGUAAAAUGAGUAACCCAAACAGUCCAAUUUCUGAAGCCAACCUGAUGGCCUACAUCUAUGAAGAUGUAGAUGAUACAGAUAUUUUUGGCUUGUCUACAGCAAAUACCUUCAGUAAUGCUCCUUCUGAGACCAAGAAUGAUGAAGGAGCAGAACAACCGGAGCUAGCCGAACUUUUAAAGGAGCGCUCCUUGUUAAAAGACCAACUAAAACAAGUUAAAACUGAAAAAGAGUUGUUGGAAGUAAGUGUUUCCCAGCUAUACCGUACAGCUAAGGCUGAAAUGGAUCGAAAAGAUAGGAGAAUAUUAGAGCUGACACAGAAGCUGGAUAGCCUUGUAUUCAGGAGAAGAAAUGACAAUAGAAGCCUACUAGAAGAUGUACCAGACAAGAGCCAAUUGCAAAAAGAGAUUUACAAUGCCAAGUGCAACGCAAAUUAUACCAAGAGGAAAGAAGAUGGUUUGACAACACAAAAUGACAAACUACCGAAACGUGUAUCAAAAUCAGAGGAAAAUGCUUCCUUAAAUGAGUAUUCGAAAGAAGUAGUAAACAAAAAUUCAAAUUCUGCUGUUAGUUCAGCUCACGUCCCCAGGCCGACAGAUGUACCAAAUAGGAAAAUCGAGAGUUCACAAAGCGACCCACGCUCUAGCUCAGUAACAAAAAGUAGUUCAAAUGAGAACAAAGAUCGAUUAAUAGAUCAAGAUGCAAACAUUAUGGUAAUCGAUACUCACAGUCCUGAAACACCAGUGGUGAAAUCUGAAAAAUUCACUAAAAUUAAAUCGGAAAUAGCAAAAAAUACUAGCAGUGACGAGAAAUCUCACCAAACAGAACCGAGCAACCACCAAGUAGUGCCUGAAAAAGAUCUGAAAAAAGAAGUAUCGCACCAUUUGAAAUCUGAUUAUAAAAUCCCGAGAAAUAAAAUCCGUGAAACAGAUGAAACUGACCGAAAUAUGGAAAAGGAAUGUAAUAGGGGGAUAGAUGAAAAUCAAUUCCAAAAAACCAGCAUUUUAAGCAGCGAGAAAUCAGUGCUCUGUAAAACUGACUCUGAUGUCAGCGGAAAACUUGCCACCACCACACGGACAGCACGAAUCAUCAAAGAACCAAUACGAAGAUCUCGUCGUAACUCUGAACAUGUGCCAAGACCACCGCGGACCCCAUCAGGAAGUCCACCUAGAGAUUCUUCAGAACCAAGUCCCAGAAGGACUCAGUCACGCGAAAGAUUCGAUCGAUUUACCUCACAACGGCAAUCAUCUAGAUCAAAUAACUACAAGGAAAAUCCUUCGAAAGAUGUUAGAAAAAAUUCAGAUAAUAAUUAUAAAAACAAACAUUUAAUAUACACUGACGGGAGAAGUAAAGAUGGAAGGAAAUCUCGCUAUGAAAGUAAUGCGUUUCCAAGAUGCAGCCCCGAAAGAUCACAUUCACUGGAAAAAUAUGAGAGAUCAUCAAAACCUGAUAGGAAAUACAGUUUUGAUGUGACAAGAUUCAUGAGAGGUAGAUCAAAGUUCCGAUACACAGACAGAAGAGAUUUCAAUUUGAGAUCCAGGCUUAAUUCUAAGGGAGCACUUUGUUUACGAGACAGGCGUAGGAUAGAUUAUAAAAGUAGUGUUCAAUCAAGAAAGAGAUUUAGCAGAUCAUCUUCAUCCGAGCAAAGUUCAAAAAGAGAAGCUGGACGGGAAAAUGUUGAAACUUACAAAGAUUGGCGGAAGAGAAGUAUUGAACGUAAUCCAAUCGAAACUCAGAGUGUCCAUCAAAAUGAUAUGCAGAAAAGUUCGAGAUCAAAUCAGGAAGACGAUGCAUUAAAACGUUCUCAAGAGAAAAGGUUUGAUUUAAAGGAAACUAUGCGAAAAGACUACGAAACGGAUUUUAGCGACUGGGAUGAUUUUCGCCUACAUUUAUCACCAUCUAGUGAUGACACUGUUGUUUAUCAUAAUCAGCAUUCGAAAGCGAGUUCUAUUGCCUACGGUAAGUUUGGAGUUGAUGUCGAACUUAUGGACGACGAAGAACUUGAGAAAGCAGUUAAAAGAAAACAGAAAGAAUUGGAAGAUAUUCAACGAAAACGUCCUCACCCUAAUUGCACGGAACCUGAUGAUGCAGAAGUUUCAAAACUCUCAAAAAAUAAUAACGCCAAUAAAAAGAAAGAGAUCUCAGCUGAGGAUGAAAGCAGUUCUAAAACCAGAAAACAUCAAGCUUUUUCCCCAACCAUGAAAAAACAAGCUACAGAGUUUAAUCCAAAGACCGACAACUCUGCAGAAUCAGAACAUGUAUUGAAAAACGAACAUGUUGCAGACCGAAAAUUGCAGGAUUUUGAAGAAAAAAAUGAUCAAACAGAACAACUGGUUUUAAAAGGUCAUGUGAAUGAUGUCGGCAGACAUAGAAAACAUAGGCAAGUCUCUAGUCUAGAUUUAAAGAAAUCUAAAAGUUCUCUCAAACGAAGCAGUAAAAGUAAACCGGGCAUUGAAACAUCUAAGGAACUUUAUGCAAUUCUGUCAGAUGAAAAUCUGGACGAAAAAAGUAAAAGUUGCUCGAAAGUGAAGCCUGCAAAUUCGUAUAAGAGUUUAUUUAUAAAACUUGAAGAGAUUAGUAAAGAACACAUCACCUUUAAGUUAAAUCGCGAUGGAAAACUGAACACAAAAGAACUCAUUGAAAAAAAUCAACAAGUAACAUCUGCUGAUAACCAACAGGAAAAUAUUAGGGCGGUAAAAACUGGACACAAUGAAAAUCCCUCAGCGUCAUCAAAUGCUGAAACUAAUUGUUCUGAUGACAUAAUUGUGAAAAGUGAGGACAAGAAGAAAAUUGAUUUAAAUACUUAUAAAAAGAGAGUUAAUGUUAAAGCUGAGGUCGCACUGAGGCAAGAUCCUGAACCUGUUUUAGAUGUUCUUCCACAAAAUAGUAACAUACCAAUAGAUCAGGACAACAUCAAUAACACUGAAAACGAACAGAGCCCUAAUGAUUCUGCAGAAACAAUUAUAUGCCUUGCUAUUGAUGAACUGCACACCGAUAACAACAUUAAAAGUAUCGUUAGUCAAAGCAAAGGCGGCGAAUCGUGCACAAAUGAAAAUGACCAAUUUGAUCCCGAAGACGGAAAUGCAUUGAAAACUUCAGAUAGCGACGAAAAGCCCAUUAACACCCCUCAAGGUUCCGCAGAAGAAAUUGUGAAACGUAAUAAUACAAGUUUUAGAGAUGGUUCCCCAGUUGCAGACGCCACAAUGAACUGCGAAGAGAAAACUUCUGUUUCACCCAAAAACAUUCAGGAAGAAAGCAAAGACCUGGAUAGCUUUAUUCACGAUUUUAGUUUGUCGGACGAUGAAAUAAGUUUCUCGGAAACGAAAGGUUUACGAGAUGUUGCAGUAGCACGCAACCACUUGAAUAAAAUUAAUAUUCUGGAUGUGUCUAUAGUUAGACCUGGCAGUGCAAACGUAUUUAAGAUUAUGCCGGAAAAAGUGGCAUCCCUUCAAGAUUUUGAAGCAACUCCAAUCGACCCAUCAAUUUCGCAUUUUGAGAAAUGUGACACCUCAAAUGUUCAGCAAGAGUGUAUUGAAAGCAUCCAGGAAGCAAUUAAAAAUAAUGGCUUUGUUGUAGAAGAAUCGUUGUGCCUCGACCGCUUGAAGAAUGAUGAGUCUAAUAAAUUGGAUACCGAACAGUUGCAAAGGUGUCUAGAAGAUGAUGUGUGUAUUGAAAAUGUUGAAAUAAACGAGACGAAAGUGGCCGAAAGCCCAUCUAAAACGUUCUGCUCAUUUGGCAUUGACAAUGCGACAGACCAAUCUUCAAAACUUAGUAAUGAUUCUAAUGGAAAAUUAGAUGUAGCAAGGAGAAGCUCCACUCCGCCUAAUCUACCACAUAGAACCCGAGUACAAGAGCAGAUGUUACGACUUUUUGGGAGUGAAUCCAAAUCAGAAUCAGAUCCUAUUCGAAAAGGGGUAGACACAGUAAAGAAAAACCUAACAGCAAUCGCAUUAAUUGAUAGCGCAACCGCACAAGAAAAUCCGCAAGCCAAAACUCAACCGAAAAUAAGAUCUUCGAAGAACAAAACAGCCGAUGAAAUACUGUGUAGUAUAUUGAAGAAACAAAUACCAAGCAACUUAAAAGAAAGCUCUUAUUCUGUGUUUUGCAAUAAUCCAAAUUAUAUACCUAAUCCUCCUGAUCUAGAUUUUCGUAAGAAACUAGCCGAGCAUAUUGAAAAGCAAGAACAAAUAGAACUUGAAGUAUGCAAGAAUCUUGAUAAAUCCUUAGAGAAGAAAGAUCGAAAUCUUAAGGCUCAAAAACGAGACGAAAAAACCAAGGAACUGCCUGAAACUAAAACGAGCAGAAAAUCAAAAUGUGCUGAAAAUUGCAUAAAAAUCAAAAUGCCUUUUAAUAGUCCUUCUAAAAAAGGCAAGAAGUUAGAUGAUUCAAACGAUUCCGAUCAGAAAAUCAAGAAAAAGGCUUUAAAAAGAGCUCGGGUGAUUGACAGCGAUACUGAAGAUGAGAAAAUCACGGAAUCAAAUAGUGAAAAAGAAUCUUUGAAGAAGAGACCGAAAAAACAGAAAGGAAGCAAGAAUACUCCAAUCUCCAUACAAAAGAAGAGUAGUAUUAAUAAAGGCACACUAUUAACCAAUAAAGAUGCCACUGAGGUGAAAGUAAAUGAAAACCAGUGCGAAAAAGAUAGUCGCGUCGAAUCGGAACCCAAGCAUAAAGACGACACUGAAAUCUCUGGCACGUCGGCGAUAGUUUCAACAUACAGCCUACCAGAAACAGUUACUAAUCAAACGGAUGAAAGUUGCACGAAAAAAGAAAUAGCUAGUGAAAAACGUGCAAUUAACACUAAACAAGUCCCUGCAGUUGGUCAAAUGAACGAUCCAUUAAAUGAGACACUUGAAGGAGUAUUUAAAGCAAUUACCCCUAGAAGAAUAACCCCGGUGAAAAUAGGUGAAGCUAGUUUUUCCAAAGUUUUUAGAAAGAAGAAAGUUAAUGACAGCAAUGAAAUUAAAGUACCAGAAGAAUCGCCCAGUAAAUCUCAAAAUGCUCAAUUCGUAAAGGCAAAUCAAUCUCCUUUGCCCCAUAUGGAAGAAAUGUUGAAGCAGUAUGUGAACAAGAGCAACGAUGUUCGAGAAGCCUUGGUAAACACUUCACAUUCGGUACAAGUUAUAUCUGUUAAAGCGGCUUCGCACGUUUACACUAAUGAUCCUUCAAUCAUUAAAAACAAUACAUGUAUUCGUGAGACAACCAAUUUCCCUGAAGUCAAUCAAAUAAACCUGGAUUCGAAGGACAUAUCUAUGCUAGGCGCUGUUGAACGCGUUAUAUUUGAUAAUAUGACUGCGUAUUUAGCAGAUAAGAGUUUACCUACGUUUGAAAACGAAAAUGCCAACAAUAAAAGUGAAAAGAGCACUUUGGGGAAUUCAGAGGCCUUAGAACCCAAAGACUCUACGAGCCCUCUAGACUUCUCUAAUAUGCUAAGGAAAAAUCUGAAUACGUCCACUCCAAUUAAACCGAAAAAUGCACGUCAAGCGGACGAAAAAGACAAAGUUCACACUCAGAACAAGCCUGGACCUGUAAAUAUAAAUAGUCAAAGUAGCGAGUUAAUGCAAUCGAUUGCAAAAGAUCUAAUGUCCGAUUCAACAAGAAGCUACAUUACCUCGCCUCUGAAAAGGGAACGACGAAGAAGAGUUAAAAUUUUGACCGGUAUUAUGUGAAGUGACUUCUAUUUUAAUGAACAGCAAAUGUGAUAUGAUGCUAUGAUUCUAAAUAUAUCCUGUAGCUGGAAA